UUGUGGGUCAUGCCCGUGUUCGUUGCUCCAUCACCGCAUAACGCUCGCUCCGGUUUCCGGAAGAACCGAGUCGCCGACUCUGAUUAAAUAUGAAUGAAAACUUAUGAUUUUUCUCUUUUUUUUUUUUUUAAAUCCGAAAACAAGCAGCUGCUCUUUCGUCCUUCAUUAUUCGUUCGUGAGUGUCCUCUAAUUAUAAUAUCUUCUCGUUCAACCGAAAAGGAUGAGACUGACUGCGACGCCAUAGUUUUCCCCAUCCAGCCGCCACCAUGAGCAUCAUUCAAGACAAGUUAGGCAACGACUUCCUGCGCCCCAACGGCGGCAUGGACAGCACCUUCGGCGCGGGCAUGAUCAUGUUCAGCCACCUGCCGCCCGUCACCAGCUUCACCCGGCUGCAUUCCGUCGGGCCGCAGGAGAUGAUCCUAAAGAAGGAGCGGGACUCGCCCGACUGCAGCGGCGGCGCCCUUCUAGGGACGGGCGACUACGUCCACGCCUUGGGCAUCAAGCAGGAGAAAAUGUCUGAGCAUGACUACCGCUUGCCGCUCUACCCGGGGGGGCUGGCCAAGACCACCGAGCUGCUGGAGGUCGCCGUCAGUAAUCCGAACCUGCUCGUGCACGAAGUCAACGCGGCCAACCUGCCGAGUCAGUUGGGAAAGGAGCCCAGUGGGAGGAAAGGUCGCAGGUCAAAUGGUGAUGGACAAGAGAGCCGGCCAAGGAAGAAGCGGAGCGACACAAAGUCCACGAUGCUGGAUGGAGGCAACGUGUCACCGGGCAGUAAACCUCACAUCUGCGAACACUGCAGUGCCGCCUUCAGGAGUUCCUAUCAUCUGCGCAGACACGUCCUCAUUCACACUGGUGAGCGACCGUUCAGAUGCAGCCAGUGUAACAUGAGUUUCAUCCAGAAGUACCUCCUCCAGCGACAUGAGAAAAUCCACAGCGGAGAGAAGCCGUUCAGCUGUGACCAGUGCAACAUGCGCUUCAUCCAGAAGUACCACAUGGAGAGACAUAAGCGCACGCAUAGCGGAGAGAAGCCCUACAGAUGUGAGAACUGCCAACAGUUUUUUUCCAGGACAGAUCGACUGCUGAAGCACAAGCGGACGUGUGGAGAUGCCCUGAGGAAAGUUCUGGAUCCGAGCAUGCUGGACGUGGCUUGUGUGGACAUGGGAGGCUACGGAAUCACUCAGGGAAACACAACGGCGGGAAUUGGGAGGAAAAAAGGUCGCUCCAAAAAUCCUGGUGACGGAGGCACCCGAAAGAGGAAGAAGGGGGACACCGGCUUGAGAGCCCCUCACAUUCCCGCUGCUGUCAGCGGAGCCUACAGCGUCCACGACUACUCGCUUGAGAAUCCGACUCUCUCCUCGAUGACAGAGCCGGCGGGUCCCAGCAUGCAACACCAUAGCCGCGCUCCAAAGAUGGCGUUCAAGAAGGCCCAUCGGAAGAGUCUAGAAAAAGGAGGGAAAGUGGAUUCAGUGGAGCACGUUGAGGAUCACGCUCUCAUGCAGACAAACGGCAAUAAAGUGGCCAACAACAAUUACGACGACGCCAUGCAGUUCCUCAAAAAGCGACGCUACCUCCAAAACGCCAUGUCGUCAACAGGAAGCGCCGGCGCCGAGUACGACCUGUUGUCGCCACACCCGACGGUCAUUCAGAUGACGGACGCCGACGCGGGCCUGGACAAGUCCAGUAUUCCCGACGAGGUGCUGCAAAGCCUGCUGGAGCAGUACACGCACAAGCCCGACACCUCGCAGCAACACCACCUCCAUUUUGAUCUGGGCGACCAGCACGUGGAGGCGCUCCAGCCCGCCUCGGCGCAAGACCUGGACGCCGGCUCCACUCCACCCGGCGACAAAGGCAUCAUGAUGAACGAGUACUCGCGCUUCCUACUGCAGGCGCUGGAGCGCACGAGCCACAGCGUCGGCUUCCCACUGGCCGCCCCGUCUUCCGGACCCUUCCUCUACUCAGAAUGCGGCUUCAUGCCAUCGGGGGCCGCCGACGCCUCGCCUCAGCCCGCCUUUCAGCUCCUGGACGGCGCUCACCACCACCAGCUCACCCCUUCACAGGAGCUCAACGCCUCCACCACGCCGCCGUCAUCCUACCCAAUCAACCCGGCGGACCUCAAUGGCCACAAGGAGGCGCCGCCCACCAAGAACGGCCUGGCCACCAUAUUCCCACUGUCCUCUUCAAAAGCCGCCCCCUACCAGAUCGAAACUUUUGCGCAGGCUUUUGGGUCACAAUUCAAGUCCGAAGAUCGGAUAAGGACGCCCGUGUCCGACUUCUCAGGGUACAGCAGCUUGCUGGCCGAUGUCGGUGAGCCGGCCAGCCCCGCCUCCAAAUCGCCGACCAGCCAAAGUUUCAGAUGAGACCACACCUCAAACUUUAAACCUAUUUUAUUUGUAUUACUUUUUUUUUUAAUAUUCUGAUGCCACUCCUCUUUCCCAGCAGACAAUUUCAUGUAAAUGUCUCUUCUUUUUAUUUAUGGGGUACAACCGUGACAGGACUUAUAAGUAUAGUAUUAUUUUUUAUGAUUAUACUAAUAGGAAUAUUUUUCACCAGCCAGCGGACUUAGUUUGGCAGGGAAUGAUGAUAGCCCAAGAUAGGAAACAAAGCAAAAAAAAAAAAGUAUUACUCAGGAAACAGGAAGUUGCUGACAUGAUGAAUGAGUGUGAACACUGAAAACACUUUCUCUUUGGCAAUAUAGAGAUUAUGCUGUCUUUUCGUGACCGUACUUGUAUAUGAUCGAUCUAUAUAUAUUUAUAAGAAUAUAUAUAUUGAUACAGAUUUAAUCACGGUGGCCAUCAAGGAAGAACGAGGGUUUUUUUUUAGGGUGCAAAAAAAAGGUUUACCUGUAGGGGUCGCUAUUGGACAGCAAUUGGAAAAAAAACCUUCAUUUUUGGAUGACCCGCCUUCCUCUUCCCCUUCAUUUCCCCUCGACCAAGCAGUUUCAGGGCCACACUGUCCACGAAGAAAAAAAUAUGAGUAAUAAAAAAAUACAGAUUUGACAAAGCAAAAAUUCUUCCUCUACUUCAUACAUGGCAAAAUUCUCCUACCACUCCAUAGUUUUUUUUAAAUAUAUCGGUUCUGAUAAAAGGUCAAGUUUGUAUCUUCAUGAAAAAUGUUAUAAAUUGUUUCUCAUAAUUGGAGUUUGAAACGAUGAUCUCUCAAAAUGACAAUUUCAUGUAAUGUGUCACAUUGAAUAGUAGUUGUGACUUCUUUGUCAACUUUCAGGUCAGGCUUUUUUUUUCUUUUUUAAAUGGUAAGACUAUACUUUUUUUAUACUGAGACUUUCUCCUUGUAGCAGGUUAUUUAUUUACACGGUGGAGGUGUGGCCCUCGUACUCAAGUCCUCUUUCAAGAGAUCCUUUGAGCACUUUGAGCCGUUUUGCAUCGGGUCAAACUUUUCGUUUUGUACGAUAUGACGGACUCGAUUUUGGUUCGUUAUUUGGGAGGCUUGAACAUUUGUUUAAAUAUCUUGAGUGGGAGGGGCGGUGUUCUGUCAGGGUCGUUCGGGGUGGGACUUUAUUAAAUUGGGAUCACGUAAUCGCGACCCUUCUGUGUUUUCGCAAGCCCGUUUGCUCUGCUGGUGAUUUGGUGUUUUGAUCGAGUUGCUCAACCAAGCCGCCUUGCGCUAAAAGAAAACAAGGAAAUAACGAAUUUGUAUGCAUUUUAGAUUUGUCCCAAUAGAUUAAUUGGCUUGUUUAGUAAAUGUUAGAUGUCAUUUCUAAAUGUAUUUAUGCUAGUUUUUUUUGUUGUUGUUAAUUAUUAAUUGUAACGUCUUCCAGUGAUCGACAUCUGCUAAGAAUUUGCCUCAUAUAC